AGAGGGAUGGGAGCCUCGUUCUGCAGAGGGCCGUGGUUCGCAGCUUCGGGCCAAGUGCCUGUGGGUGGGAGUUUGCUGUUCAUCAGCGGUGUGACCGGGACCGAGAGAAUAGCUGGUGCCAGCUCACAGGAGUCCUAGAUGAUUGUUUAUGUGACAUAGAAAGCAUCGAUGACUUCAAUACUUUCAAGAUCUUCCCCAAGAUACAGAAACUGCAAGAACGUGAUUACUUCAGAUAUUACAAGGUCAACUUGAAAAGACCUUGCCCAUUUUGGGCCGAUGACGGCCAUUGUUCUAUCAAAGAUUGUCAUGUAGAGCCUUGUCCUGAGAGCAAAAUACCUGUUGGAAUCAAAGCUGGGAGCUCUAAUAAAUAUUCAAAAGUGGCAAAUAAUUCUAAGGAAUUGGAAGACUGUGAGCAAGCUAACAAACUGGGAGCUGUUAACAGUACCUUAAGUAACCAAAGUAAGGAGGCUUUCAUUGACUGGGCGAGAUACGAUGAUUCACAGGAUCAUUUUUGUGAACUUGAUGAUGAAAGAUCUCCAGAUGCACAGUAUGUGGAUUUGCUGCUGAAUCCAGAACGUUACACUGGAUACAAGGGGCCUUCUGCUUGGAGAGUGUGGAACAGCAUCUAUGAAGAAAACUGCUUCAAGCCUCGAUCUGUCUAUCGUCCUUUAAAUCCACUGGCGCCUAGUAGGGGAGGAGAUGAUGGAGAAUCUUUCUACACAUGGCUAGAAGGUCUUUGCCUUGAGAAAAGAGUGUUUUAUAAACUCAUUUCAGGACUUCAUGCUAGCAUCAACUUGCAUCUGUGUGCAAAUUAUCUUCUUGAAGAAACCUGGGGGAAGCCUCGCUGGGGACCAAAUGUGAAGGAGUUCACUCGCCGCUUUGACCCUAUUGAGACAAAAGGAGAAGGACCAAGGAGGCUCAAAAACUUGUAUUUCUUAUAUUUGAUAGAGCUGCGUGCUUUGUCAAAGGUUGCACCAUACUUUGAGCGUUCAGUUGUUGACCUUUACACUGGAAAUGGCCAUGAGGAUGCUGAAUCAAAAGCUCUCUUACUCGACAUCUUCAGGGAUACAAAGUCCUUCCAUAUGCACUUUGAUGAAAAGUCUAUGUUUGCUGGAGAUAAAAAAGGAGCCAAGUCAUUAAAGGAAGAAUUCAGAUUGCAUUUCAAGAACAUAUCCCGCAUAAUGGAUUGUGUUGGAUGUGAUAAAUGCAGGCUGUGGGGCAAACUGCAGACUCAAGGCUUAGGAACUGCCCUGAAGAUCUUGUUUUCUGAGAAAGAAAUACAGAGCCUUCCUGAAAAUAGCCCAUCAAAAGGUUUUCAACUCACGCGCCAAGAAAUAGUUGCUCUUAUAAAUGCCUUUGGAAGGCUUUCCACAAGUAUAAGAGAGUUGCAGAAUUUUAAAGUUUUAUUACAACAAACUAGGUAAUGAAGGCCUUUGCACAACCCAUUAGUGAAGACCAUUUACAUGACUGCAUUGAGCAGAAGGAAUUGAUCCUUACAGGAGUCACAUGAACUGAUAAAAAGUAAAAUCAAAUACCAACUUGAAUAUUUAUGUUUAAACUAGGAACGGUUAUUAAUUGGAGAAGAUAUUUAUGAAUGAAAUAUAUAGUUUUUAAAUGUGUAAAUUAUGUUGAUCUAUUUUUAAGUUCUCUGCUCACAUUUCUGUUGUACCGAAACUUCAUAAAUUUUCUUUUAUUUCUUUGUCUGUUUGAGACAGUUGUUUUAUAUGAAAACAUAAUGUACCUCCACCCUGACCUGGCCUGUCCUGAGAGAGGUGGUCCACCUCUCGCUGCUCCCCAGUACUGAGCCUCAAUAUAUUCUGAGGACUGAGUAUGCUGAUUCUGGCGGUCUAAAAGAAAAAAAA